GUUCCUUGCUGACAUUGGACACGCAAAGUUUAGUGACAUCAUGGCAUCGAAAAUAUUAAUCGUUGGUGCUGGCGCUGCCGGCAUUGCAGCUGCUACACGUUUGUAUGAGAAAGGGUAUCGCAAUUUCAUAAUUUUGGAAGCGGAAAAUCGGAUUGGCGGAAGAAUCCAUACCGUUCCGUAUGGAGAAAAUGUGCUGGACUACGGUGCUCAAUGGGUUCACUCGAAAACAGACAAUUUUGUUUAUGAUAUGGCUGCGGAGCAUGAUUUGGUCGAAAUUGAGCCUCAACGCGAAAAUGGACUGUGCAUCAAAUCCAAUGGAGAAGAGGUGUCGAUAAAACAAACCCACCACGCUAUGGACUUGUUGACCAGUUCGAUUGCUGACGUGCAAAGAUUAAAAGCGUACUCAAAAUCAUUGGGUGACUACUAUGUCGAAUUUUUUCAGGAAGCGUUACAAACUGGCAAAUUCGGCGACAUCGACACAGAGACGUGCUAUCAAAUAUUCGAUUUCUUUCAAAAGUAUCACAAUACAUACAACGCUGUUGAUAGCUUGUACGAAGUAUCUGCCUCCGGUUUGCUAGAAUUUACCGAUCAUCAAGAUGAAUAUCUUAUCAACUGGAAAACUCGGGGUUUCAAAACCAUUCUCGAUAUUCUAAUGAAACGCCUCCCGGAACAAAAUUGCAACCCCAUCCCACUCGAAGAUUUUAUUUUGUUCAACAAAAAUGUUACCAAAAUAACCUACCCAUCAAAUCCCGACACUCCGGUGCGCGUUAUGUGCUCUGACGGUAGUAUCUAUGUGUCCGACCACGUGAUUAUUACGGUUUCGUUAGGCGUGUUAAAGGAAACCCAUCAUAAAUUGUUCAGUCCGAAGCUACCGUUGAUGAAGGUAAAUGCGAUCGAGGGACUCUACAUUGGCACCAUCGAUAAAAUGGUACUAGAAUUCGAGAAGCCAUUCUGGCCGGCCGGUUGGCAUGGAUUUGGUAUUUUAUGGAGACGGGAGGAUUUGGUGGAACUUCGGAAAACGGAUCUGAAAUGGGUCGAAGGCAUUUGCAGUUUUUUCGUACCGGAAUACCAACCGAACCUCUUAGUAGGUUGGAUAUACGGAAAAGAUGCUAGAACGAUGGAGGCCAUGCACGAAAAGGAAGUUGUUCAGGGGUUAAUGUUUGUGCUGCGAAAGUUUCUGAUUAAGUACAAUGUACCGGAACCAAAAACUUUCUCUCGUACUACAUGGUAUACUAAUAAAAAUUUUCGAGGAGCAUAUACAAGCCGCUCAGUUAUGUCGGAUAUCUUGGAUGCGAAAGCUGUAGAUCUGGCGAUGCCGUUAGUUAAUUCGCUUGGACGGCCAGUGGUACUGUUUGCUGGAGAAGCCACCCAUCCGGAGUACUAUUCCACGGUGCAGGGAGCUAUUGGCAGUGGUUGGAGGGAAGCAGAUCGUCUUAUUGAACUGUAUGCAAACAAAGAAAUGAAAAUACAUUUUAGUAAACUAUAA